CGCCCCCUUUCUCGGUGGUUUGUGGCCGGUGUGUGUGUCUCUCGACACAGAGGAAGACUUACUUCCAAUUAUCCUCUCGCACACAGCGAUUUUUCCUCCCGUUUUCAGUGUCCCCGGGAGCGGAGACCUCCACGGCUUAUCGCGGGACCGUGUCACGGACUUUAUUCGUUUACCAGUUUGUUUUCUGGGGAAUUUAUCGCGUCUCUCAGCGAGCUAAGCUAGGUAUCGAGCUCGCGAGCUAAUACUGGAUUUUCGCGAAAUCUCCGCUCUCGAAAGUUGCACAGACGAAAAAAAUAACUGCUCUCCCCCGGACAAAUCCGUUUGGAAUUAUUUAUAAACUCUCUUCCAGUCCGGACGGCUUGAUAAGAAGAGGAUAAAAGGCCACUGUUACCUCAGCGAAGCUAACGAGCUAAUAUGAAGUUAGCCAGCUAACGCUCUCGUGUGCAAGAAAACACCCUCCGAGCGAGCGGUUUAUAUGGAUUUUGGAUGGUUAAAAGCUUGCAGAUGUCGGGUUGAUCAGGUCUUUGAGCUUUUGUUUUCAUAUUGAAUGACUGAGCUGUCUUGGGGAGCGGUGGGUUGAUCUGUCCUGCAUACUUCAAGCCAAACCCGCUCACCUUAUUAAUCUUCAUUAGGGUUUAGCAUUGACGUUAGUGUGUUUUUGUGCCCUUUAAUAUAGAAGCCAUUGCCAGUUAAUCUAGAAACGCAUGUCUUAUUUUUGAGGGAGGAUAGAUUAGCUGGUCCAACAGGUUGUUAAGUUAUAUUAGCGUUGUUUUUUUUGGCCAGGUCUAUGGUUGUGAAGGGGGAUGAGGAUGAAUUGUGUAGGGAACGAGGUGUAACAGCUCAAAUUGUGGACUGUCAUCUUAAAAAACAGAGUUGUAUGGAAUUGGGCAGCUGGUUUGGCAUCAUGGGGGUCUUGCAAGGGGGCAUGAAGUCGUCUACAUAGUGUCUAACUAGUCAUUUUGACGUUAUGAAGUCGGUCAACAAGACAGCCUCGUCUUUUCUUAGAGUUUUUCGUGUUGCUAUGUGCGUUGUUCUCCUGAUAAUUCAUUAGAAAGAUAUUGGAGCAACGGGCCAGUCUGGAUCAAGAAACCCUGUCUUUCGUCUCUGGUUGGAGUAGCACUCCCAAGCCGUCCUCAAUGCCUUCAGCGCUGGCCGUGUUCACCUGUCGCCCGAAUUCACACCCGUUUCAGGAACGUCACGUCUACCUGGAUGAGCCGGUCAAGAUCGGGCGCUCCGUGGCCCGGUGUCGCCCUGCCCAGAAUAACGCCACCUUCGACUGCAAGGUGUUGUCCAGGAAUCACGCUCUGGUGUGGUUCGACCACAAGACGGGAAAGUUCUAUCUCCAGGACACCAAGAGCAGCAAUGGCACCUUCAUCAACAGCCAGCGUCUGAGCAGGGGGUCGGAGGAAAGCCCUCCCUGUGAGGUGCUCUCCGGUGACAUCAUUCAGUUUGGGGUGGAUGUGACGGAGAACACCCGGAAAGUCACUCAUGGCUGUAUAGUGUCGACCAUCAAGCUCUUCUUACCAGAUGGCAUGGAAGCUCGGCAGCGAUCAGAUGUUGUUCCGGCACCACUGCCACUGGCUAUUGAUAAGGUGUCUGCAAAUACACCCAGUAUGUAUUCUCAGGAACUGUUUCAGCUCUCCCAGUACCUGCAGGAGGCCUUACACAGAGAGCAGAUGCUGGAGCAGAAGUUGGCCACUUUACAGAGGCUGCUGCACAGCACACAGGAAGCAUCAGAGAGCAGCUGGCAGGCUUUAAUCGAUGAAGACCGGUUACUCUCUAGAUUGGAGGUGAUGGGGAAUCAGUUGCAAGCAUAUUCAAAAAACCAAACAGAAGAUGGUAUCCGAAAGGAGCUUGUAGCCUUAACAGAGGACAAACACAAUUAUGAGACGACAGCCAAAGAGUCCCUGAGGCGGGUCCUUCAGGAGAAAAUCGAGGUGGUCAGGAAGCUGUCCGAGGUGGAGAGGAGUUUGAGUAACACAGAGGACGAGUGCACACACCUGAGAGAGAUGAAUGAACGCACACAGGAGGAGCUCAGUGAACUCGCCAACAAAUACAAUGGAGCGGUCAAUGAAAUCAAGGAUCUCACAGAAAAGAUCAAGUUGGCGGAAGUCAAACACGAGGAGCUCACUCAGAAAGGCCUGAACGAGAAGAAAGAGCUACAGCUGAAGAUUGAAGAGAUGGAGGAGAAGGAACAGGCGCUUCAAGCUCGAAUCGAAGCUCUGCAGGCGGACAAUGACUUCACGAAUGAGAGACUAACGGCCCUGCAAGUCCGGUUAGAACAGCUGCAGGAGAAAAGCAUAAAGGAAAACAACAGUUUAGACCACUUUCUUUUAAAGAGUGGAGGAGACUGCACUUUAAUCCAACAGUACAUUGAGUGUCAAUCGGUGAGGCAGCUGAAGGAAGCUGUGGACUCAUCCAUUAACAAGCUGUCCAACUUUGACGAAGUCAUUGAUGCACAUCUUCAGAAUAACCAGACGACAGUGGACAACAGCUUGGCCAGUCCAGACAGGCUUAAAGGUACCGUCACAUUUCUGUCACUUUCAUCUAAGUUUCAUCAAAUUUUUUCCCCUUUCAUUUUUUCAUGUUUUGUUCUUUCUCUCUUUCCAGACGGACAGAUGGAUGAACAAGAACUGAACGAGCCCCAGAACAGGGUUUCUCUUCUGAAAGAAAUGGACAGGAACCUGGAAGCUGGAGACACUGAGCAGGUCAUUCCACACUUCCACCGAGAGCUGCAGGAGGCCCAAGAGCUCGCCAACACUGGCAAACAGAAAUGCCUCGAGCUGCAAGCUCUUCUGGAGGAAGAGAGGAGAACCAACAGACAGCAGACUGAAGAAUCUGCUAAACAGAUCCGCUUCUUACAGACUCAACUGGCGAAGCUCCAGUCUGACAUGGAGGCUUUGCGUGAGCAGAGAGAGAACACCAUCACCACCACCCGUGAGGAGCUCUACAGCGCCCAGGAGGAGAUCCUGUUGCUCCGGCACACCAUGGAGGCCGCCACUGCUGAGCGGGAACACGAGAUCGCCGCCCUGCAGGGAGACCUGAGCGCCGUCGCCGCCGAACUGGACAAAUGGAGACAGAGGGCAGCCAAGUACGAAGUGGAGAUCAGCAACCUGCAGGCCAGCUUCCAGCUCCAGAGCCAGCACCAGGAAAGAGCUAGCCAACUCCAAGGUGAAUUGGAGAAGCUUCAGGCCGAGUGCUCUAGUCUGCAGAAUGAAUGUGACAGUCUGCGGGCUGAGAAGACAACACUGAUGCAGAAACUCCACAGACUAGAGGAAGAACUCGACAGCUCCAGAGAGCGGAGUGCAACGUUGUGCAGCAGCCUAAACGCUCUGGAGAAAUCCCAGGGUGACCUGGAGAAUAAACUGGGCUCAAUACGAGACCAGCACCAACAGGACGCUAGCAAACUGAAGAUCCAACUGGCUCAAGGCGAAAGCCGCACCAGAGACCUGCAGAAGGAGUACGAUGACACUCAGAAUCUGCUCUCAGAUCUCCGGCAGCAGUAUGAGCAGACGGAGCAGGAGAAACACUCCAUCAACGACGAGCUGGAACAGUGCAAGGUCAACCUCAAGCUCCUGCAGGAGAAGGGCAGCAAUCCAUCCAUAUUGCAGCCUGUCCAAGCCAUUUUCAUCGGUCUAUUCCUGGCUUUGCUGUAUUGGUGCUUCGGCCAGUUGUGGUAGAAAGGUACACACGCUCCUGUUGAGUCUGUUUGUGUGUCUCCUGUAUAUCCACCUCUGUAAAUAUCAUCACGUGUGUAUAUACGACCUGUGCAUGGCAAACUCUCAUCCGUCAUCUCUGCACUUGCUUCGCCCCAAAAUCCCUUUUCGGUGCUUGGCAACACGUGGGAACUCUUAACUGAUUCCUCAUCCACCCAGAAUCACCAACUACUAACCAAACACAUUAACUGUCUUGUCUUGCUUGGAUCACUAUAAUGGUCAUAUAAAUCUCUGCAUUUGGGGAUUUUGGAUGCUAUUUUCUUUUUUUUGUUCUGUUGUGGGGUGUUUUUGUCAUCAUAUCAUCUUUCUUUUGCUGUUCUUCUUUACUUUUAUAAAUUAAAGGCAUAUUUCAUCCAAAAAUGAAAAUCUUGUCAUCAUGUACUCCCCCUGAUGUUGUUUCAAACCUGUAUGACUUGGUAUCAUUGAGAGAACACAAACGAAGAGGUUUUGACAAAUGUUCAUGCUGCUCAUUUCCAUGCAAUGAAGGAAUAAAGUGAUCAGUGGCUGUCAUACUGUGAAAAUAACAACAGCAUAAUGACAGUCCAUAUGGACUCAUGCAUUAUAUAUACAUGG